AUGUCGAAACACGCAACAUUCGAUAACGGCAUUGAUGCAAUGAGCAUGCUAAUUGAUGCCGCAAGCUCAAUUGAAACAGAGCCACAAACGCAUCAUGCUCCGGAAAUCCUACCUCCACCACUGCCGCCGCAAAUUGUUCACCGGUGUCGUAUAUGCGAACGAACCUAUGAACGAGCGGAUCAUCUUACACGCCAUCUGAGAUCACAUGAGAAUUCUCGGUCUUUUCGAUGUCAACGGUGUCCGAAAAGUUUCAAUCGUAUUGAUCUCCUCAAUCGUCAUGUCGCGACUCAUGAACGUAAUCUGGGUCAGAAUCGCCCGGAGAUCAGACGAACAGAGAGGGCUGGAAAAGCGUGUAUAGCAUGUGCAAUUGCAAAGGCCAAGUGUGAAGAGCAGAAACCUUGCUUCCGAUGCCGAACAAAAUCUCUAGUUUGCGAGACAUCUCAACCAUCUCACAAGAAAAGACGCAUUUCUGAUACGAAUGCGACACGUGUCUCGACCACGGAACGAGAGACCCUCUCUCACGAUUUUCAGGCACGAUCUCCAGGCAUAUCAGAUCCUAUAUUAGAUGGUAUGGGUGGAAACGAAGAUUGCACAGUCACAAAUUUCUAUCCUGACUAUAGCAUCGGAAAUGGAGAAGAGAUCCUGGACCCUAACUUCACGUUAUCCGGAUUAGGCUCCAACAAAGAACCAUCGGAUUUUCCUUUCCUUCAGGACCAACUACCGUUCGACAGUUUCACGAAUGAAAUGCUUUUCUAUCCUUCAGCAGUCUUCAAUAAUCAGAGUCUUGACUUUAGUUUUGACGACUUCAACUUUCAGGAUGAGAAUUUUGACUUUGCCCCAAUGGCUUCAAAACGUGUUGCGAUUGAUGAGGAUACCGUCUCUGGGUCUUCAAUACAACGGAAUGAGUCACGAAGGGAUGUUGCUCGAGGACAUGCAGCAUUUGCUCGCUCGCCUUGGUUAUGGACACCAGCUUCAACAGAUCACGUUCUCAGAGAUCGAGAUAAUUUGGCGAUCGAUGAAGAGACCAUAGCUUUGAAGAUCACUUCCAACAAUUCAAGUCCAAUGUCAAACUCUAAAAGUCAUGAACAUCUGUCAAUAACCUGUUCGUUGCGAGACACAAUGUUUCACCUCGUUUCUACAACUAACAGAUAUGCGAGUGGAAUACCAAGUUUUCCUUCGUUAGAUCUACUGAAUUAUAUGACUGAAGCAUUUUUCUAUCGACAAAGUAAUCAGGCUGAUAACUGGAUUCAUACUCCUAAAUUUAUGAUGAAGGGCAUUGCACCAGAGCUUUUAAUUGCCAUUGUGGCUGCUGGUUCCACUGUCAUUUCUGUACCCGCAGUAUGGAAAAUGGGACUGGUUCUUCAAGAUGUAGUGAGAGUGAGUGUUGGUGAAUUGUGGGAAAGAGCCAAUAACAACACUCGUAAGCUUCAGCCAUUGCAAGCAUGGAUGCUUUCUUUAGAGCUCGGGUUAUGGAGUGGUUUCCAAAGAAAUAUGGAGAUAGCGGAGAGCUUUGGACAACCUAUGAUUACGAUGAUGCGACGAGGUGGAAUCUUAUCAGCCGCUUUAGAUUCACAAAAUCUCCUACCGAAUGAGAAUGAUACAGAACAGACCAUAGAAGGAAAAUGGAAGACAUGGGCACAAAGAGAAUCUUUCAAAAGAUUAUCUCUCAAACUAUUCCAACAUGAUACUCGUGCUUCUUUGGCUCUUCAGAAAGCUCCAUUGAUUUCAUUUACAGAACUCUCUUUUUCGAUACCAGCAUCCCGUGAGCUAUUUCUGGCUGAAUCUGCAGCAGACUGGAAGUUGAAGUAUGUGGAAAUACUACAUUCACCGCCGACUCCGCCACCUCGUCUAAUCAAUAUCAAGCACAAUCUCUGUAGUCUCGAAGAAUACCGUGAACUGUGCGACGUGAAUUUGUGUUAUGAAGCAUUGUUGAAUGGCUUUUGGGGUCAGAUAUGGGCAAUCGGGGAGUCAACCCGUUUUCAUGCCAUAGAAGAAAAUGGAGACUCUGUGCAUCGGUUAUGGAUCACAACUCAACAACGAGAGCUUUAUCGCGAAAUAGAAAGCUUUCGAGACCUAAUCUCAGGUAGAAUACAACCGCAGCCAGGACUUAUCAUCACAGCCGAGAUGUUUUUGAUGGCUUUGUGUGUUUCACCAGAUGAACUACAGCGAUUCGCUGGCAAAUCUGGACAGGAAGCGGCAUCUCAAAGUUUGGAAUCAUUGCAACGAUGGUAUACAACGGAACAUGCAAGAAAAGCAAUUUGGCAUGCUGGACAAAUAUUUCACUGGUCAUCCUUGAUGUCUCCGGCUCAGUUACGAGAUUUCCACGCCGUUGCUCUCUACUUUGCAAGUCUUGCCAUGUGGGCAUAUGGACACUUGUCGAAUGGCUUAGCCCGCGAGAGUAGCGAUCAGCCACAGAGAACUCGUGAUUCUACGCAGCCGGAGGUGAAUCUCAUUGGAUCCGACAGUCACAAAACUCGGGCAUUCAUUUCAAACGGUCAAGGAAUACCAGUUCUGAUUCUGGCGCCUGGAAAUGCAUUGAACGUUCCUGUAAUUCCUGAAGAUGACAAUUUUAUUUCGAGCAAUGAACCUGUUGCACUCAGUAAUCCGAAUGCAGUGCUUAAGAUGGCGCGGAACCUUUAUCGGAGUAAUUUUCCAAUUCUGGACGAACCACUUCCGCCUCUGGUAGAGAAUCUAAGUAAUUUGAUGAGGGAUCUUAGUAGUCUUCCCGAAAGUCGAUUUUCUAGAUGUGCUAGUCCGGUCGAGAAAUGA